UUGGAAAAGAGACACGCGCGUCAUCUUCGCUUCUAACCGGCGCCACAGAAAGCGGAAUAACCAGUUCAUUAAUCCAGAAUUCAGCCAAGAAGAAGAAGAAAAAGGGAAAGAUAUAUAACAUAUAGUUUGCAGCUGAAUGGUAAUGUGAAAAAGAACACUUGCUGCAUCGAUACGAGAAGGAAUUGGAGAUGAGGUUUGUUGGAUCCUGGAGGACGGAGCACAUCUGUCUGCUGCUGCCCAUCCUGCUUCAGUUACUUCUGCCUGUCGUUAGGUCUAACAGGGCCUGGAACCAGUACACACCACGACUGCAGCUUUCACAUGCAGAGCUGAGAAGGAACAGUUCAGCCAUAUUCUGGCACAGCGGUGAAGAUAUUAAAGGGUAUUAUGAGGUUCUGCUGUUGGAUGAGGAUCGUGGCUGGUUGCUGGUUGGAGGAAGAGACCACGUCUACAUGCUUAACUCUGAGAACCUGACCCAGACUACACACAAGAUUCAUUGGCCAUCUGGAAGAGAACAUACAGAACACUGCAAACAUGCAGGAAAGAGUCUGUUGACUGACUGUGCCAAUUUUGUGAGACUCCUUCAACCAUUCAACAAAACUCAUGUGUAUGCAUGUGGAACUGGAGCGUACCACCCUAUGUGUACUUACAUUGACCUGGGCCACAAUGUCGAGGAACCUGCGCUUAGACUGCUGACCAAUGCUGUCGAAUCCGGGAGAGGAAAAUGUCCCUUUAGCCCACAUGAGCCAUUCUCUGCUCGACUCACUGAUGGAGACUUGUAUGCAGGAACUUCAGUGGACUUCAUGGGAAACAAUGCAGCCAUAUUUCGUAGCUCUGUGCACACAACCAGUCAGCACUACAUCCGCACUGAGGCUUUCAAUGACCACUGGCUCAAUGAGCCAGAGUUCGUGGGCUCGUACUCCAUCCCAGACACACACAGCCUAGAUGAUGACAAGGUCUAUUUCUUCUUUAGGGAAACGGCUGUGGAGUCCAACCAGCUGGAUAAGCGCAUCUACAGCCGAGUGGCUAGAGUGUGCAAGAAUGACGUUGGUGGGAAGCGAAGUUUGAUUAAUCGCUGGAGUACCUUCCUAAAGGCCAGGCUGGUCUGUUCAGUUUCAGGGCCAGGAGGCAUGGACACACACUUCGAUGAGCUUGAGGAUGUAUUUCUAUUGGAGACCAAAGAUCCACAAAAUCCAGUUAUAUAUGGAGUCUUCUCAACAUCAAGCUCUGUCUUCCGAGGCUCAGCUGUAUGCGUCUACUCAAUGGCUUCCAUCCGAGCCGCUUUCAAUGGGCCCUUUGCCCACAAAGAAGGCCCUGACUACCGCUGGGUGGAGUACAAAGGCAGGAUCCCAUAUCCACGUCCAGGGACGUGCCCAAGUGAGACAUACGACCCAUUACACAAGUCUACACGUGAUUUUCCUGAUGACGUUAUGAGCUUCAUGAGAGGACACCAACUGAUGUGGGAACCAGUCAUGCCAAUUCACCGACGGCCACUGUUUACUCAAAUCAACGCCCCCUACAGACUGAAGAAGUUGGUUGUGGAUAGGGUGGAUGCAGAAGAUGGCCAAUACAGUGUUCUGCAUUUGGGAACAGAUGAUGGCAAGGUUCUGAAGGUGGUAUCCAUUCCCAAGGAGAACUGGGAAACUGAGGAAAUCAUCCUGGAAGAGCUGAGUGUGUUCCAGAGUCCUAUCCUAAGCAUGGAGCUCUCCACCAAGAGGCAUGCUCUGUUUGUGAGCAGUGCAGAUUCUGUGGCUCGGUUGCCCCUGCAGAGAUGUGAGCUCUACGGAAAGGGCUGCGCUGAUUGCUGCCUGGCUCGGGAUCCUUAUUGCGCCUGGGACGGCACCACCUGCACCAACUAUUUCCCCACUAACAAGAGACGUUCACGUCGUCAGGAUGUGAGGUACGGUGACCCAUGGAGCCAAUGUCAGGAUCUUGGAGAUGGGUCAGAGGAAAUUGAGCUGAAGGCAGUUUAUGGUGUAGAAAACAACUCAACCUUCCUGGAAUGCUCCCGUCCUUCACCUCAAUCGACAGUCAAAUGGAUCAUGCAGCAAAAACACAGUCAAAACACUAAAGAGCUGGUCCCUGGUGAAGACAUCAUCUUUACAAAACGAGGUCUGCUCUUACAGCGGAUAACUUCCUCAAACGCCGGCCUCUACCUGUGCACCGCUCGCGAGCAGUCAUUUUCUCGCACCCUAGCUCGCUACGAGCUGCAAGUCAUCUCCGAGCAGUAUGUAGCAAAUACGCGCAGCAUUCCUCACUCGGAACCCAAAUUGGGUGGUAACUAUGCAUCAUCUUCGCUGAGCUACAAGGAUCUGCAGAUGAUUGGUGUUAGCGGUCUAACACCCGACGAGUACUGCGAGCAACUGUGGUAUCGCGAGAAAAGGAGGCAGCAGAAACUGCGUGCACUAAAGUGGAAGCAGACGUCGGAGAAUCGCAAGGCUCGAGUUCGGCGGGAAAAGCCACUAAGUGAGACAAUCGAGUGAAACAGACAUUUGAGGAAGAACAAUAUCAUUCCACAUUAGCAUGUUAACAUCACAAUCAAAUGUAGAAGAUCUAAAGACAUGCCCUAAAGAAAAAAUGUCAGCUAUUAUCCUAAUUUGAAAACCCUUUACAUUUUGAUAUGACGUUUCCUACUGAAUAUGUUUGCAAAAACAAUUUGAUCAAAGUGUGACAUUCACUGAGUGAACACAUCACACUUAAGGUUUUAAUCAUUAAACUAACUUCUUACCCAGCAUG